AUGGGUCUCGGUGUCCUUGAAGACCACGAGCUCGAGCAUGUCCCCGGCACAGCUCCUCUCAAUGAACUCGGCCGCGAGAACUUCAACACAAAUGGUGUUGACUCCAGUAUCCUCAAGCACGACCCUACAGGCCAGAUAGUGCUUGUUCCUCAACCUUCGGAUUCGCCUAAUGAUCCAUACAACUGGCCAAGAUGGAAGAAGGAGAGAUUUACUAUUGCGUUUGCGUUUAGUUGUGGUGCCGUUGGCGCCGUCGGACCUCUUCUCAGUCCUGCAUUCGUAGAACUCGCAGCAGAAUUCGAAAUCGGUCUCUCAACCUUCAUCCAAGGUGUUCAGGGUGGCGUCAUCGUCGCCAUCGCGUUCGGAAGUCUGAUCUGCAAUGCUCUCGCGGUUAAGUAUGGCAAGAGACCAGUGUAUCUCAUCACCACUGUUGGCUUGAUGGUUACGUGUUUCUGGGCCGCUGCUGCGAAGAGUUUUGCGUCUUUGGUUGCUGCGAGAGUUCUUCAGGGAUUUUGUAUGGGUCCGCUGGAGGCGCUCGUUCCUGCUUCUAUCGCCGAUGUUUGGUUCGUUCAUGAACGUGGUUAUCGAUCUGCUGUUUUCAAUCUUGGUGUUUUGGGUGGCAUCAAUUUGGCAGCACCAAUCACUGGUGCUCUCAUCGAAGCAAGCAACUACAGAGUAGCUUUCUACGCUAUGGGAGGUGCAUUUGGCCUCGCUCUCAUCAUGAUAUUCUUUUGGAUGCCGGAGACAGCAUUCAACCGCCAAGGAGCCGUCAAUCUCGACACUGGCGCCAACAACGUCAUGACCGAACUCACACUCACGCACAAGAUGGACGCCGCACAUGUCGAAACCAACGAAAAGACUGCAGGUGCAUCACCAACCAGCAGCCCAGCCAGCCCAGCCAGUCCUGCCGCAGACGCACCAUAUACAUUUGCACAAGAAAUGAAGCCUUGGAGCGGCUACGUCAACCACGUCUCUCUCAUCAAUACCACUCUUCGUCCAUUCGUCAUGCUCGCCUCUCCCGCCGUUCUCUGGGCCACACUUCUGUUCACAACAUGUAUCUCCUGGCUCGUCGGUAUCUCCGUCACACUUUCGCAGAUCUUCUCUGCUCCGCCAUAUAACUUCUCCGUCACAUCUGUUGGACUAACGAAUCUGUCAUCUUUUGUCGCGUCGGUACUUGCUACGCUCUUGGCUGGCCCAUUGAUCGAUGGUAUCGUGCGAAGAAUGUCUUUGAGAAAUGGCGGUACAUUCGAACCCGAAUUCCGCCUCCCAAUAAUGAUUUCCUACCUCCUCUUCACCGCGACCGGCUUCUUCGCCUGGGGCCAAUCGGCCGUGGCCCUCUCCCCCUGGCCCGUCCCGGUGAUCGUCGGCCUCGGCCUCAUCAACUUCGGCAUCCAGCUCGGCACCACCGGCGUCGUAUCCUACGUCGUCGACUGCCACCGCGACAAAUCCGGCGAGGCGUUCGCAGCCAUGAAUUUCGUCAAGAACAUGUUUGCGUUUGGGCUGGUCAAUUAUAUUAAUAAUUGGUUGGCGACUCAGGGGACUAGGAAUGUGUUCUUUGUUAUUGGGGGUCUGACUAUUGCGGCGAGUUUGACGACUAUUCCUAUGUAUAUUUGGGGGAAGAGGGCGAGGAGUUGGGUUUAUAGGAAGGGGAUUGCCGGGAAGGCUUAGGUGGGUUGGAGAAGAGAAGAGGGGGUGUUGUUUUGCAGGGGGCCCUAGCGAGUGGAUAGGGGAGCCAAGCGAGGAUGACUUGUGAUGUGAAAAUUUCUGGACAUACAAUUUGGUUUUUCUUGAUACCUGGAGGAUAAUCUAAAGAUUGGAUGUAGAUAAUAGAUUUCUUCUUCAAUAAUCGUCGAUCAGCUGAAUCAAUCGAAAGGUGCAUGUAU